AUGACUCCCGAUCAGCAGAAGGGUCUCCAGGUCCAGAACGACGGCCGCAAGGGCAAGAACCUCAAGCCGCUCGAGUGGGACCAGAAGCUCUGCCAGGAGGCCCAGAAGUGGGCUGACCACCUGGCCAAGGACGUCGGCCACAUGGAGCACUCCAAGGGCGACCAGCGACCUAACCAGGGCGAGAACCUCUUCUGGGGCUGGGCCCAGCCCGGCCCUUACAAGGACCCCUACGCCAACGCUGCCCACAGCUGGAUGAACGAGGCUUCCAAGUACCACGGCGAGAAGAUUGGCGAGGGCAACUUUGCCGACUUUGGCCACUACACCCAGUGCAUGUGGCACAGCACUACCAAGGUCGGCAUGGCCUCUGCCACCGACAAGAAAGGCGGAGUCUUUGUCGUCGGCCGCUACUCUCCCCCUGGCAACUGGUCUGGCCAGAAGCCCUACUAG